UGGGACCCCCUUGGCCGUGGUGACCCCCGUGGCCAUGGGACCCCCCUGGCAGUGGGCACCCCGUGGCUGUGGGUUGCCCCGUGGCUCGUGCCCAGGCGCUGGGGGUUCCUCAGGCUGCUGGACGUGAUCCACACGGAGAACAAGCUCUACCUGGUCUUCGAGUUCCUGCACCAGGACCUGAAGAAGUUCAUGGACUCCUCCUCCAUCAGCGGCAUCGCUCUGCCCCUCAUCAAGAGCUACCUGUUCCAGCUGCUGCAGGGCCUGGCCUUCUGCCACGCUCACCGCGUGCUGCACCGCGACCUCAAGCCCCAGAACCUCCUCAUCAACGCCGACGGCGCCAUCAAACUGGCCGAUUUCGGGUUGGCCCGCGCUUUCGGGGUGCCCGUCCGUACCUACACCCAUGAGGUGGUGACACUCUGGUACCGAGCCCCCGAGAUCCUGCUGGGCUGCAAGUACUACUCCACGGCCGUCGACAUCUGGAGCUUGGGCUGCAUCUUUGCUCCCGGAUGGGGUAUCACCCGCCGUGCCCUCUUCCCGGGGGACUCGGAGAUCGACCAGCUCUUCCGUAUCUUCCGCACCUUGGGGACGCCGGACGAGGCGGCCUGGCCCGGGGUGACGGCCAUGCCCGACUACAAACCCAGCUUCCCCAAGUGGGCCCGCCAGGACUUCAGCAAAGUGGUGCCGCCGCUGGACGAGGAGGGACGGAAGCUGCUGGCGGUGAGCCCCGGGAAGAGGGGGGGUCUCCGGGAAGAGGGGGGGCCCACGGGGAACCUUAAAACAAACCAAUACAAACUGGGGGGUGCUCCUGGAUGGGGUGUCCCUGUCCCCCCCACCAUUGAGGGGCUCCCCAACAGGGAGAUCCCCCCGUGUCCCCAGAUCACCCGCCGUGCCCUCUUCCCGGGGGACUCGGAGAUCGACCAGCUCUUCCGUAUCUUCCGCACCUUGGGGACGCCGGACGAGGCGGCCUGGCCCGGGGUGACGGCCAUGCCCGACUACAAACCCAGCUUCCCCAAGUGGGCCCGCCAGGACUUCAGCAAAGAGAUCCCCCCGUGUCCCCAGAUCACCCGCCGUGCCCUCUUCCCGGGGGACUCGGAGAUCGACCAGCUCUUCCGUAUCUUCCGCACCUUGGGGACGCCGGACGAGGCGGCCUGGCCCGGGGUGACGGCCAUGCCCGACUACAAACCCAGCUUCCCCAAGUGGGCCCGCCAGGACUUCAGCAAAGUGGUGCCGCCGCUGGACGAGGAGGGACGGAAGCUGCUGGCGGCCAGACGGUCCCGCCUGGCCCCUAUAGGACCCCCCACGGCCCCAUAG